AUGGGCAAACAACACGGAUCCUUGGCACGUGCCGGAAAGGUCAGAAAUCAAACUCCAAAGGUCGAACCUCAAAAGCAGACUGGAAAGGAUAAGACUGGAAGAUCCAAGAAGAGAUUCCUCUUCAAUAAGAGAUAUGCUUCUUUGAAGACUGGUCAAGAUCCAAUGAGAAUGAAACUCAACUCGAUUGAGAUGCAAGUGGCAAUGAAGGAGCAAAAGAAACACCAAGCCGAAAUCAUUGCUGAGAAGAAGAAACUCUUGAACAAGGUCUAA